GAUUUCUUCUUUUUUCUUUUUUCUUUUUUUAAAGAAAGAAAUGGGAAUCUGUUAAGGGGUAUGAUGUAUAACGCAAAGAAUCUGUUAAUGGGUAUGAUUUAUAAUGCAAAGUUGUGACCUUUAUCUAGCUUGAGAAGCCAUAUGUUGCUCUAUCUGUUGCAGGGGUUGAAAUGAUCAAUUGGGAAAUUGGGGCGGUUCUUAAGGAAGAUAAGUUUGCAGAAUUUCUGCAAAUUCAUGGGAAGAACAGAAUCAAUCUGAAUUUGGGAAAGUAAAUAUAUAUAUAUAUCGAAAAAUAUGCCUUCUGAGGUGGAAAUUAGGGCUGGUGAGGGGAAGAAUGUGGUUGUUGGAAUUAGAAUUGAUAACCAAAGCAGGGAUUUGCUCAGCUGGACCCUAGGGAAAGUUGCUGAACCUGGAGAUUGUGUUAUUGCAGUUCAUGUUACUCAAGGAUCAGAUAAUGCUUUGAGAGGGAAGUUGUUGAUGGAAAAUUAUUUAGAAGUAUAUGAAGGCCUAUGUUCUGUAAAGAAGGUAGCUCUUAAGGGUCAGAUCUUUAGAGGAAGUUCUGCUCGAAAGGUUUUGGUUAGGGAGGCAAAGAACUUUGCAGCUGUGGCUUUAGUUGUGGGUGUAAGCAAGCAAAGAGCUCUUAGUGCUUGGACUUCAACAGCUAAAUAUUGCGCCAAGAGAUUGCCUCCAACUACUGACAUUCUAGCCAUCCAUAAUGGGAAAAUCAUCUUUAGAAGUUGCAACAAUAAACAACAACCAGGUCUCAAAGGUGAUCCAAAACCAAGUUUUUGUUUACCUGAAAGCCCCACUUUCAAAGAAUACCAAUCUGAAUUUGGUGAUUCUGAAGUAGGGACUGAGGUAACCAGUUCAGAAGGGAUUCAAAGCUCCAAAGAUGAAUCAAGACAUGGUAGUGAGGACUCAAAGGACGAGAUAUUUAGUGUUAUCCAUGAAGAGAAGGGAGUUUAUUUGCGGAAAAGUUCUCCUUUCUCAGGAGAUAUUUUGGAGCAUAGGCCUGGUUGGCCCUUACUCCAAAGACAUAUGUCAGGAGUACCACAAGCAUCUCAGGCAAGGAAUGUGUCAGUGGUGCAAUGGGUAAUGAACUUACCAACUCGCUCCUCAUAUCAAAUAUCUCAAUGUUCAACUAUUGAAGAAGGUAAAAUGGAAAGGGAAGUAAGUGGAGAUAUAGAAGAGAGUACCAGUAUUAGUUCAUCUGCUUUAUGUGAGCUAUGGAGAAGAUUGGAGAUACUCCUGGAAACAAAAUCAUCUAAGUUCAAAUGGUUCAGUUAUGGAGCUCUAAAAGUUGCAACUUCCCAAUUCUCUUCAGAAAAUCUGAUUGGAAGAGGAGGAUGUAACCAUGUGUAUAAGGGGAUCCUUCCAGAUGGCAAGCCAGUUGCAGUCAAGAUCCUGAAGUCAUCCAAGGCAUGGGAGGAUUUUGCUCAUGAAGUUGAUAUCAUCUCCUCAAUAAAGCAUAAACAUAUCAUGCCUCUAAUUGGGGUCUGCAUUGAAGACAAUGAUCUUAUAUCUGUUUAUGAUUUAUCAUCUAAAGGAAGCUUAGAAGAAAAUCUACAUGGAAAGAACAAAGAUAAGCAUGCCCUGUCAUGGGAAGUGAGAUAUAAUAUUGCUGUUGGGAUUGCUGAAGCCCUAAACUACCUUCAUAAUGAGUGUUCUCAACCUGUAAUUCAUAGAGAUGUUAAAUCUUCAAACAUUCUUCUUUCAGAUGAAUUUGAGCCACAGUUAUCUGAUUUUGGGCUAGCAAUGAGGGGACCUACUACUUCUUCGUUUCUGAUUCAAGAUGAUGUUCUCGGGACAUUUGGUUAUCUUGCUCCUGAAUAUUUCAUGUAUGGAAAAGUUAGUGAUAAGAUAGAUGUCUAUGCUUUUGGUGUUGUUCUACUUGAACUGCUAUCAGGAAAAGAACCAAUAAGUUCUGAGAUUCCUAAAGGUCAAGAGAGCUUGGUCAUGUGGGCAAAGCCAACCAUAGAAAGUGGGGAUGUCAAAAGCAUACUCGAUCCUGAUUUGGACAAGAAGAUCAACGAGCUUCAGCUGGAAAAAAUGGUGCUUGCAGCGAACCUCUGCCUCACUUGCUCAUCUAGGCUUCGACCAAAUAUCAGUGAGAUACUGAAGCUCCUAAGAGGGCAGCAAGAUGUUGAGAAGUGGAUCAACUUACAAAAUGAAAACACAGAAAACCAAGAUGACAACGAUGAUGAAGUUUAUCCAAAUUCAAGAAGAGAGUUACAUUUAGGACUUGCAUUACUCAGUAUUGAUGAUGAUUCUCCAUCAUUUAGUAGUGUGGAGCAAAGCACUAAUCUCUCUAGUGAGGAAUACUUGAAAGAAAGAUGGAGCAGGUCAUCAAGCUUCAAUUAGCUUCUCUUUCAGUUUCUUUCUUUGUUUUACAAAAAAAUUGCCACAAAAAAACUAGGAGUGAAGAUUUAUAUAUUUGAACCUGUACAGUUUUGAAAAAAAAAGGAAUAGAGAAACUGCACCCCAGUGCUGAGGUGUUCGUGGAGGUAGACUCUGUUAAAGGGUAGUACUUGAGUUAGAUUUUUUGUUUCACAUGAUCAGAGUCAUAAACAAAAGAAAAGGAAUCCUUCACAGAUUAGAAUAAGACAGAAACAGCUAAUGUUCAUAGUUGAAACAAAGCUACAAUAAGAUUAAUUCCCAGAC